CUUUACACUGUACUUUACCUGACUGUUGAGCCACAAUAGUACGAUACUGAUCCACCACAAUCGUUUUCAUAACUAAGUACCGUACAUUGCCCACUUGUCGGUCCUCGAUAAACCCAAUAUCUCGAAUCUCCAAUACGUACUCACUCUCACGAUCCCGAUAACACCCUCGGACUCUCCCCAGUUUCCGGUUCGACACCACCAAACGCAACAUCACCCUCCGGGCCUCGAAUCGGCGACACGAACUCGGGACAAGACUGUCGGGAAACAUAUAAUAAGUGAGAUUCGACGACGUCGGCGGUCCAGAGCGAACGUACAUGCGUCAUCUGCCAAUGGACGGUUCGCGUGGCAGCACAAUAUCACCUUGCGAUUGACCGCGACGCUGCCCCAAGGCAGACAUGAGAUUGGAUGCACCCUCUAAAUCCAUUCUUACGGGCUUUCUUCAAGAGCGCAAUUCCCGCGCAGUGCUCCCCUAUCCAGCAUCAUGUCCUCCUCGUGCCAUCCACCGAAGCCCUCCUCAACUCCCGUGACCUCGAUACACACGCUCUCUACGCCGAUCUUGCAAGUUCCGAGGAAUUCCUCGCGAGCCAUGUCCUCCGAGUCCCUGGCGGCGCGGCGCCCUCCCGGGGCAAUGGGACGAAGGAAGCGGCGGCAAGCUUCCGAGACACUCGUGGAAAGGCGAAGCAGUACUCCACCGUCAAUGGGAGGACGGUGAUAGUCAAGGAUUCCUUCGUCUACAGUAAUAAAGGUUUCAAGCAUCUAAAUCAAAUCCAGCUCCUAAAUGACGUACUAUACUACCCCGACAACCUCGACGCGCAACCAUGGCUCGUCUACUUUAUUUCGAAACCGCUCACCGGCGUGCUGGAGGCGAUGACCAUUGUUCCAGCGAGUCUCGAAAAUACAGCCCAAAGCACGGCAUUACCAGACACAGAUGCUCCCAGCUCAUCCACCUCGCAGCAUCCACCGAAAAAGAAGGAUAUCAAGACGUUAAUGGAGUUGAUGAAUCAUUUCCCCCUGAUCGCGAAGCAAAUGCAACCCGGGCUUGAGCGGAUCUUCCGAGAGUUUGGCAAGGAGAUGGACCAGCCGCCUCCUCCGAUGCCAAAGCCACCCCCUCCGGUGUUGCGACGGAGACAGUCUUCCGUUUCAUCGAUGGAGAGCCUUACUGCCUCUCUUCACAGCAAUCUCUCUGGCACAUCCCAACCGCACAUCAGUUUGCUGGAGCUAAGUGACCAGGAGGACUUUAUGCGACGUUCCCUAGAGACCGCGGUAACUGCCGCUAUCGACCUGUUCCAGAUGGUCGAUAAGCAGCAGCUGUCCAAUCUCGGGGCAACCACGGACUUGACUGGCCCUGUGGUGGAGAGACUUAUCGAGCGUUACGUGGCCGAACAGGUCAACGAUGCCGUCCUCUUCCCACGUAUCUGCGCCAUUCGCCGAGGGGAGGAUGCAGAGCUAGAAGCGCGCAUCAGACAGAUGCACGAUAUCGACAUCUCACAAGUAGGGAUCAACUUGGGGAACUCUCGCCAGAACAAACAGCAGCUUGCUCUUCGGAUCCAGAAAGCCGUAGACGCCUUCAAACGGAUGGGCGUCGCCAGUAGCCCCCAGGAGAUGGCAGAGAUCCUGUUAUUAACCCAGAAGGCCAUCACCAUGCCGGAAAGUCCACCCACCGAAAGCAAUGAGUAUCCAUCUGCAUCGAGCAACCAGCUGGAAAAACAGGAUUCGGUUCUCACGAUCAACGCGGAUACGCUCGUCUCGCUUCUGCUCAUCGUGGUGAUCCGGUCGUCCGUUCGACAUUUGCAGGCUCGCUUGUCGUACAUGCGGCACUUUCUCUUCAUCGACGAUGUGGAAAGUGGCGAGAUCGGGUAUGCUCUGAGCACAUUCGAAGCUGUGCUCUCAUAUUUAGCGGGCAACUCCAGUGGUCUCCGGAGGUCGAGCAGGCUGAACAAAUGCCUCUGGGAAGCGGUCCGGAACGGCGAGGUUGAAGAUAUCAAGUACCUUUUGCAACCCGAACUCAUAGGAGGAGCCUUGGACGGCAUUGAAGCAGAGGAUGAUACGAACGACAGAUCGGGUGACAUCGAAGACGAUGCUCAAAGUACCGGACACCCCUCGCUUAGCGGUCUGACACUACAUGGCUCGGAAAAUGAUGGGUAUUCGAGGAUUUCUUUCGAAUCGGAGCCACAGCCACACUCGGGCCCAUUGUCUCAUGUCUUUCCUUUCGAGCGGCCGCCAACCCCUCCAGCCGAAACGAGGCGACCUCCAACUCAGAAGAAGAGAGUGUCCAUGGAUACUCGGAGCAAUUCCAGCUCUUCGAUGUUUUCCGUUCGGUCGCAAACGACAACUAUGAACUCAAGCGGCAGCGGCAUCGAUGGGGACGAUUCCGUCGAAAAGUUGAGCAAGACACAGUCGCCGGCUGGAGAGUCUGUGCUCAUGAUGGCUGUCGAUAGCGGACAAAGCAAAUCAUUGCGCUAUUUAUUGUCACUCACGAGCUACUAUCCACCAUCUACCGUCAUUGAAGAUGCCGCCUAUGAUGGGACGACGUUACUCAGCGCUGCGAUUCAGAACGGCACCCCAGAAGCGAUUGAAGUAAUAUUGGACUAUCUCACCGAGCGCAUUAACAGCGAGGAGCAGUUGUUCGAGUAUUUCUCUCGGCAGGACUCCAAAGGGCGCUGCAUCGCACACUACUUAUUCAAUCAGCCGAAGCUAAUACCAAGAAUUGGGCAGCAUUUUCCUUGGACACUGCGGGAUAAAAACGGGCAGACUCCGCUCUUUGCCCUAUGUCGAUCAUAUGACCAUGAAGAUUACAAGUGGAUGUGCGAAGCUGCACUCCAAGCGGCGACGGAAGUGCAGGGGGAUGGCAAACCUCUUCGACUUGAUGAGCAUGUGGACAGCAAGGGCAACACACUGCUGCAUAUCAUCAACGACCCUCAGCUGGCGCUGAAGCUGCUUCUGCAGUGUGACUCAGAUGUCAAUGCCUCGAACGACAAGCACUUCACGCCACUGAUGGUUGCGAGCAAGUAUGGUCGAACCGACCUUGUCAGGACCUUGUUCAACGACCCACGGGUAGACCUCCAUGCCAAGGACUUGCGCGGUCUUACGGCCGUCGAGUUGGCAAAAGAUGACGAAGUGAGGAACAAGAUCGAUGACCUCGUCCUGCUUGCGACUCCCCCCGGCCAAGACGGCCGCAUCACAACCGUCGUGCGGUCCUUCUUCGUGGAGGAUGGGACCAUCCGCCUGAUUCUAAAAUCCGGUCUUCCAACUGGAAACUCGUCUUUGACCGUCACGACCUGCAGGCGCGCCAUGGUGGAUUUCGAGAAUCUGGUGAAAUGGCUCGCUCGCGAACAUCCAGCAUCCUGGCUUCCUGAUAUUAGUAACUUCACGUCGCCCUUCCUAAUCCCCUCGAAGCCGUCUCGGGCAGUCCUCCGAGACACCCAAAUUCGGCUCGACGCGUUUCUUCGUCUGCUAUUGAAUCAUACCACAUUUGCCAACCACGAGAUGGUCUGGGAGUUCUUCUUGGUCCCGGAAAUGGACCCGACCCUUCUCGAAGAGCGCUCGAAGCGCAAGGCCGAGGCGCGAGUCGAGAUGAUUCGAGACGAAUAUGCUCCCGAAACCGACACCGGCGACGUGGAGCUCUUCGUGGCAUAUGCCAAAGAGUCCGUCCGGAGCGUUCACCAUCCGACCAAGUCCGUUCUGCGCCGGGCCAAUCGUCUGCGUAUCGCACAGAGCGACCUUCCCAACGCCGCAACCAUGUCGACUUCAGCGUUCAAUACCCUCGCGUUUCUACCGCAAGAGCAUAGCCUCGCUCUCACGCGGUUUGCUGCCACUCUUCCACAGUCCGAUUCCCCACCACUGAGCGCGUUCUACUACAACCUGCAAGCCAUUUCGUCGUCCAUGUCGGCCAUAUCAUCAGCGCUCGCUCGUCCGUCAUCUCUGAUCGCGCAAAUUGCGGUCGCCAACAAAGCCCUGGACCGCCACACGAAUUCCAUGCGGCGGUCCGACCGAUGGCCGAACCUUGGCCUCCUGGACGAAGCCCGUCAGCGCAUGUCGCGCGAAGCCGCCGGACGGGCGCGAGCCAGCUUGAAAGAUAUGGAGGAUCUGGGCCGCGAGCUCUCGUAUACGCGACAAGUCGUGGCCGGAGAGCUGGCGGGCUGGCAGGAGAGUCGGGUCCGAUUGGGGAGGCGAGCGAUUCGAGAAUUCGCGAGCAAAUCGCUGAUGGCGGAAAGGGCGAGAUUGGAAGGGAUGAAGCGGGCGGUCAGGAAGUUGGGGAUCGAUGUUGAUGGCGAAAGAAGGAAUAGGACUCCUGCCGCCGAUGGAGAGAUGGGAGAUACUGGCGUUUUGGCAACGGAAUAGCUGGGAAGGGUCGGACGGUGACUUCGGGGCUGGCGUUCGGCUACAUUUCUUACAAAUAUCAACGGUACUGGGUAUCGUCGAGAUGGUUCAACGAGGAAUGGACGGUUCUCGGGUCGGUACAUGUUGUCGUUCUAUUUCGAUUCUGCCUCUUUGGAAGCGUAUAUGUAAUUUUAUUAUUGACUACUCUAUUCUGUGCAUCCAAUGCAGAUUUGAACCCUUGAUUCAACG